UCGGCAGCGCGAGCAUCGACUGACACCACUCCAGGCCCGAUCAAGAAUAGAUAUGUCCCGUGUCUACGAGGACAUAGACCCGGCAUAUGCUGCCACCUGCAGUGACGUCACACUAUGUUCCAACACCAAGGGUUUCUUCAAGAGUUUGAGCGAUGAACUAGUCGCUAUCGCUGACAAAGGAUGGAUAAAACGGCUGGAGAAUAUGGAAGAAGAGAGAAAGUUACAAGCCAUAAAGGAUAAUAAGGAGAUUAUGGAUGCCCUAGGCGAAGUAUUGUCAAGGAUACAACCAUUGCACAGAGGGAAGGAUGUUAGGGUGUCUCAUGAGCGAUGGCAGGCUGCUAAAGCGGCGAUGGAUACUGAACAACUAAAUAAAGCAUUAGCCCUCGCCACCCAGGCUGUUUUCAAAGCCCCAGUAACAGAUGUCGAUGAGGUCAUAGAAGGUAGCGUCACCUUAGCCAUGGCUCUGUGGCUCCGAUCAGAGAUCUUACUCCGUUUGAAGCGACCCCGAGCGGCGCUGGAAGACCUCAAGAUGGCAUUAAAAGAGCGGUUACCAGCCAAGAUGAGGGCGGAGUACUAUUGGAGGAUGGGCCAGUGUUACAGUGGUGCAGGAGAACCGACUAGAGCAAAGGUAUCCUACGAACUGGCGGCCAGGUUACUGGGCACCAAUCGAGAAGCCCAGGAAAAACUGAAGAAAGAUAUUGAGGCACUUGACUAUACAGUAUUGGCCAAGGAUCCUCCUGAUAAACCUGACAUAAAACUCACAGGAGGGCCUAAGCAGAAUAUGCCAUCAUUGUCAAAGUUGGUGAAAAUUGUCGAAGAGGAAAAUAAGGGCCGGUUCGCAGUGGCCAACGACUGUAUCAAAGCGGGCGAUAUACUUUUGGUGGAUAGCCCUUACGCAGCCUGUUUGCUAGCCGACUAUUAUGGUACUCACUGCUUACACUGUUUUAAGAGAAUAGAAAACUGUGAAGAUACAGCUCCUGUGUGGUGUACAAAAUGUUCUGGAGUAGUUUUUUGCAGUGUCCAGUGUAGGGACACUGCCGUUUCUACAUAUCACAUGUACGAGUGCCAAUUCCUCGAUCUUUUUAUAGGCUCUGGAAUGUCAGUGCUAAGCCAUAUAGCUCUAAGAAUGGUAACACAAACUGGACUAGAUACCUGUAUGUCAAUACAUUCUAAAUAUCUAUCAAAUCAAGUGAAAACAGUAGAAGGAUCAGUUCUUAAUGACAUAGAAGGAGUAGCAAAGAAAUCUAGAAUUAAAACUAGGAAAGAAAGGUUAAAUAGAUCUAAAAGAGGUCUUAAAAGUUUCACUGAAAAAAAUAAAGAGGAAGUUGAAGACAAGAUAGAAGAUAAAAUGAACUUAGAAGAGAAAAUGGAAUUGAAAGCUGCACAAAUAUACUCGCUGUGUACCCAUUCAGAACAGAGGAAAGGAGAGGAUUACCUCAAAAGAGCAAUCAUGGCGAUGUUUCUGACUGAAUGUCUAAAGAAAGCUGGAUUUGUUAAGAAACAGGCGUCCUAUGAUUUAGCUAAAGUGGAGAAUUCAAUAUGCGAGUUGAUAAUUCGGAACCUGCAACUGCUGCAAUUCAAUGCCCACGAGAUCUUUGAGACACUCCGCGGGGAGCACAUGUUCACUGGCUCCAAACCGGUGUAUCUAGCUGUUGGCAUAUAUCCCACUGGAGCAUUGUUCAAUCACGAAUGUUAUCCGGCUGUUGCUAGGUACUUCGAUGGUAAAAACAUUGUCCUGCGAGCUACCCGACCGCUGAGCCCUGGUGAAGUGGUAUCAGAAAAUUAUGGCCCUCACUUCCUAAUGCGUGGACUCAAAGAACGGCAGCGGGCACUAACAUGCCGGUAUUGGUUCCGCUGUGAAUGUGCAGCGUGUAAAGAAGACUGGCCUACUCUUAAACAGCUGAGUGACGCCCCGCCUAGCCUCAGAUGUCACAACUUGGAUUGUACGGGCAAGUUUCGACCCCUCCCACAGUGCAUGCCCGACACUUGUAUCAAGUGUUCUACGCCAAUCGACAAAGAACUUGUGGAUAUUAACUUGGAUAAUGUGAAAAGGUGCUGCGAACGAUAUAAGGAGGGUACCAAACUUAUGAACGCAGAACGCCUCGAUGAUGCUCUCACAGUAAUGUGUGAUGCAAUAAAUACGUACCAUGAAGUUGCGCGCGCGCCACACAAGGAAACCCAACUAGCUCAGGAGUCGCUCAGAACAUGCUUUGCAUUUUACGGUAAUGUACAUAAAGUACAAAGUGGAACUAGCGAUGAACUAACUAAGAAGGUAGCAGAGACCAAGAUUACUUAGAAUACCUCUCAGUGUAACA